CAGCAUGAUAAAAGUUUGAAUGGCCCCAGCCAAGGUGAGAAGAAGCAAGGGCUGGCCCUCCCCAGCCUCUCUCCCUCCUGUCCUCAGCUGGAGAUGUUUUCCACUCUCCCUGGAUCAGCUGCAGGAGGAAACUGCUGGCCCUCCUCCUCCUCCUCUGCCUUGGGAGCCAUGGCUGGCCCCGAGCAGCGUUGGUACCCCAUGCCCAAGAAGAGGGGCAGCCCCGAGCGAAGGAGUGGGGCCUCCGCUCUGGCCCCAAGCUCUGGCCUAGGCGCGGGCACCUCGGAGGAAGAGGAGGGAGAGGAAGAAGAGGACGAGGAGAGGGCCAAGGAGGGGCAGGACCCCAGGCCGGCCAAGCUGCCCCCGGCUCCCAAGGAGGCCCGGAAGCCCCAAAGGAAGAAGAAGUACCACCGCCACCCCAAGCCCCCCUACACCUACCUGGCCAUGAUCGCCCUGGUGAUCCAGGCGUCCCCUGAGCGGAAACUGAAGCUGUCCCAGAUCAUCAAGGAGAUCAGCAUCCUUUUCCCCUUCUUCAAGGAAGGCUACCAGGGCUGGAAGGAUUCCGUCCGCCACAACCUCUCUUCGAAUGACUGCUUCCACAAGGUGCUAAAAGACCCCACCAAACCCAAAGCAAAGGGGAACUUCUGGACCGUCGACCUCGGCCGCAUCCCACACGAGGCCCUCAAGCUGCAAAACACGCCCAUCUCCCGCCAGGAAGAGGGGAUGUUUGCUGCCGAUCUGGCCCCCUACGUCUUCCAGGGCCUGCCUCUCGGCCGCCCCCCAGCCGCCGGCAACGCGGCCGACGAGAGCCCUGGCUUUAGCCCCGAAGCAGCCCGGCAGGCCAGCCCCUUCAGCAUCGACUCCUUGCUCAGCGACUUCCAGGAUGUGGGCCUGUGUGGGAAGCGUGGGGCAGACCGUGAAGGACCGCCACCCCGCCACCCAGCGGCCGGCCUGGAUUUCUGGGGGCCCAUCCCCCUCUUCCGCCUCUCCGCGGGUCGGCCCCUUCUGCCCCGGCGCCCCUCGUGCCCUCAGCCGGCCCUCCGGUCCUUCUCCUCCUCCAGCAGCCUCUCCUCUCUCGGGUCCCUGUCGCCCCGUGAAGGUGGGGAGGCGGGGAGGCCAAGGGCCAGAAAGGGGCACCCUCCCCACCUCCCGGCCAAGCGCCCCAGGGGCCACCCGGACCCCGAGAGCAGUGGUUCAGACUCCGAGUCCUCCCGGGGCGGCACACCGCCCCCCUGCGCCCCGCACUGGGAGCAGCUGCCCACCUCGUACACCACGUCCGUGGCCCCCAACGUGGUGGCCCCGCUGAGCUACCCCCCACCCUUCAGCGCCUUUCCCCCUGUCCCGGGCUUGUCCUUCUGCAGCGCCCCGGUGGCAGCCUUGGCAAGUCCGGCGAGCUGGGAGCGGAGGCCGGGGGGCACCCCGAUGUCCACCCUGCCCUCCCAGCUGUCUGUCGACCUGGAUCAGGGCAUGCCCCCAAACAAGACUGUGUACGACGUGUGGAUGACCCACCCUUCGGACACAGCCCCCCCAGCCGCCCGCAGGCCAGACCCUUGCCUCCCUGGCGGAUUCGUGGCCCCUUAUGACCCCUCCUGGGAGGAGCCUUAG